AUGUCCAAAUUAUAAUAAUACCUAUCUGAUCUUAAAACUCAUUAAGAAGAAGAAAUAGAAAUAUAGAUCGAUUAUCCUAAUAAACCAGAAAAUAGUGAUGAUUCAGAUGAUGAAUAGAAUGAAAUUCUUAAUGAGAUACUUAAAUGUAUGUAAAAAGGAUUGUCAGAAAAGGUAUUUGACUUUGAGCUUGGCAAUUCAAUAAGAUUGAUAGAUAUUGAUGAUAUGAAUAAAAGUGCCCUUUAUCUAGAUGCUUUGGCUUGGCUUUAUUCCAAUAGAGUGGACAGAACUUAUGUGGAAAGUCUAAAAUUAAAGGUUAAUUUGUUAAGAGUUUAUGACACUACUACCAUCCCUAAUGCUCCUCCUUCAAAGAAAAACAAACAAUAAUUAAAUCAAUAAAUAACAUAAAAAACUAUUCAUCUUAAUCGAAAUAUGGAACUAAAAGAGAUAACAAAAUAUGGUGAAUCAACUCUUGAUUUCAAACCUUACACUCAUCAAUAUGAUACACUUCAGAUAAAUCCAUUUUUUAAUUAAACAAGUAAGUCUUUGGAUAUGCAAGACUUGACUACAUUAAUUAUUUAUAAUCCUUAAUUUGAUGAGAAUUUAGCAAUUAUUAUAGAUCCUGAUUAAUUAUUAAAAGUAAAUGAAUAGAAUAAGUAAAUUUUAACAGGUUUUAUUAAGUUAGAAAUUGAUACAUCAGUUUUAGAUUAUUCUAAUUUAGUAUCCAAAUAAUUCAAAAUGAGUUUCAAUGAAAUUAAUGAUUUUAGAGAGAGAUAUAAAUAUUUACUUAACAAAAAAGAUACUUAAACUGUCAAAAUUGAAAAAAGUUAAUAAAUUGCAAUUGAGAAAUUUGUUAAUGAUUUUAGAGUUUAUGAUGAAAAAUUGAAGUAGGCUUAAUAAACUAUAGAUUAAUAAUAAUAAUCCUUAUCUUAAUUAAGUGUUGAAGAACAAUAAUUCUUAAGUUUAAAUUAGUAAUACUAAUAAUAACUUAAGAUUAAUCCAACAGAAAUAGAUAAUUAUUAAUAAGAUAUAUAAUUAAGAAAGAAAAUUGAAUAAUUGAAUUUCGAUUAGGAAAUUUCAAUUGAUAAUCAAAAUUAGAUUAUAAUUCCAUAAUUUGAUAAUAAAAUUUAAUAAAUCAAUUAAAUGGAUGUUGAAGAGUUUAAUAAUUAAUUACCUGAAUUAAUGCCAGAUCCUUUUACUGAUGAUUAAUAAAAUGACAAUAAUAUUAAUAAUCCAUAAUUAACUGAAGAACAGAGGCAAUUGUAAUAGGAAUCAUUUUAAAUAUAUUAAGAAAAGAAAAAGAGAUUAUAGGAAUAAUUUUAAAAAUAAUAAAGAGAGGCAGCAGAAAAAUAAUCAUAAAUUCAAGAAGAAUUGAAAUAACUUAGUUAUUAAUAACAAUUUUAGGAUAUAUUUAAUGAUGUAAAUGUUCCAGUUGAUGAAUGGGAUUUAGAAUAGGAAGAAGAAUUUGAUUAAGAUUUAGCACCUUAUGAAGAAUAAUAAUAAAUGUAGAAGAAUAAUAAUCAAUAAUAACCAAUUUAAUAGCAAUAAACAAAUGUUAAAAAGAAAUAAAAGAAAGUAUAUCCAGAUACAUUUAAUUUUGAUGAUGCAGCAGAAUUAAAUAGAUUUCUUAUUUUAAAUACUGUUGGAAAUACAUAAAGAGAUUUUGGUUAAAGAGAAUUAACAUUAAAAUGCUUAGCUGAUAAUUUUUAGGAUUUUGAUUAUUAUAGAUAUUUUGAAUACUUUACAAGGGAAUAUACUGGAUUUUUAGAAGAAGAGGAAUAAUAAUUGCCUAUUACUAUUACAGAACCAGAAAGUUUUGGAUUAGAUGAAAUACAUAUUUAAGUAUAAUUAGAAGAAACUAAUUAAAUGAUAGAGACCUAUUAGAAUAAUUUAGAUUAUUAUGUAUUACCUUUUAGAGUAUAGGCUAACAAUAAUAAUGAACCAAUUACGAUUAAAUAAUUAUAAGUGAUUUUGGAAAGAGUUAUUGAUGAAAUCAAAGGUCAAGUUGAAUUUAUAAAAAUUGAAAAAACAUUACCUUUGAUAAUGAAUGAAAAGAUAAGUAAAAGUAAAUUAUUUGCUGCACUUUUAUUUGUUGCUAAAAAUAAAGGAUAUAAAUUAGAAUAAAAAAAUAAAUCAUUUAAAGAUAUUUUAAUUAUAAAAAAAGAGAAUAUGUAAACAAUUGAACUAGACAAUGAAGAUUAAAAUCGAAAUGAAUCAAAUAUUGAUGUAGCUAUGUAAAUUGAAAGAUGA